AUGUCCGCUACAAAGCUUCCGAGACUCACAACAAAGAUACGCUUAGCUGUCUUAUUGGCACUAAUAUGUUUCGUUCUUGCACUGCAAUUGAGCGGACUGGCUCACAUUCGACAAAAGCUGGGUCUUUCGUACGAGCUCCCAUCGUCACUUGGGUCGGCACACCCACCGGUCGAGCGUAGAUUAGGUGACGACGUAAUACUAAAGAACGUCUCUCACCUGCCUCGAAUUCAAUUUGAUUUCAGUCAGAUCGAAGAGUCACAGUUAGAGCGUGAGGUCCGUGAACAAAGACUGAAAUCUGUCAAAGACGGUUUCAUAUACGCGUGGAAUGGAUAUAAAAAAUGCGCUUGGGGUCAUGAUGAGAUAAAGCCUGUGACCUGUCAGCCCAAUGAUUCUUUUGCUGGAUGGGGAGCCACUCUCGUAGACGCAUUAGAUACAUUAUUUAUUAUGGGUUUGAAAGAUCAAUUCGGUGAAGCUGUAGAACACUUGAAGGGCGUUGAUUUUACCAAAGCUGACACCGCAAUUAGCUUGUUCGAGACUGUGAUACGUUAUCUCGGUGGAUUGCUAAGUGCAUACGAGUUGUCGGGAGAGCGUUUAUUGCUUCAAAAAGCCAUAGAUUUAGCGGACGCGUUGACACCCGCAUUCUCCACUCCGACUGGAAUACCAUCUAACAGAUGGGAUAUGAGCACAGGAUAUGAGCAUAUGUGGUCUACUCGUCAUGCGAUAUUAGCUGAAGUAGGGACUUUACAACUUGAAUUUAUGAAAUUAGCCGAGAUUACGCGUAACAGCACUUACUUUCAUCUGGUUCAAAGAGUCACUGAUGCGCUGGAGCGAGCAGAGAAAAGUAUUCCUGGAUUAUAUCCUCUCAGCAUAGAUACAGAAACAGGAGCUUUCACGUCAGACGCAAUCAGUUUCGGUGCUGUGGGUGACAGUUUCUACGAAUAUCUUCUUAAACAGCAUUUGUAUGUUGGUGGUGCUCUUGACCAGUAUAGAAGAAUGUACAACGAAUCUGUUAAUGGUAUGAUUCAGUAUUUGGUCAAGGAAGGUCAUUAUGAUAAAAAACGCGGAUUAUUUCUCGGCCAAUUAAGUUAUGGUCAAUACAUUCAGAAGAUGGAACACUUAUCAUGUUUUGUUCCAGGCAUGGUAGCAAUGGGAGCAAAAACAUUAAACAGAUCAGGUGAUCUUAAGAUUGCAGAAGAACUUGCCGAGUCAUGCUAUUGGUCAUAUAACCAAACAAUAACUGGCAUUGGUCCAGAGGACUUCUUUUUUGAUCUCAUUGAUGAGCCUGCAACAUCACCACCUAGGACGAACAGUAUGUAUAAAUUAAGACCAGAAACAGUCGAGAGUUUGUUCAUUUUGUACCGAAUAACUGGCAACAAAAUAUACCAAGACAAAGGUUGGGCGAUAUGGCAGGCUAUUCAAAAGUAUUGUAAGACAGAAUCAGCUUAUUCUGGACUCUUUGACGUCACGGUCGAGAACGUUAGGCAAAAUGAUAAUAUGGAAAGUUUCUUUCUUGCAGAAACGUUGAAAUAUCUAUAUCUCCUGUUCAGCCCACCGGAUAUAAUAUCUCUCGAUACUCAUGUAUUUAACACUGAAGCUCAUCCCUUCCGACGUCUGUAUCACACGCGACCACACGCUGCUUAG